GAACGCGCGAAAUUUCUCGAUAAGGGAAAGGGGAACACGCUUCUGCCAUUGCUUGGCUCCCCCCACCCGAAUCUUUUCUGCUUGUUGAAUCUGAAAUUUGUGCUGGGUUGAGCAGCGUCCGUCCUUGCGCUUAGCGAAUUCGCGGUGUUUACGCUCCGAUGCCUCACGUAAGGCUAUCUCUCAGGCUUCCCAAAAGCUCGGGUAGGUUGAAUCGUGGAGAGUUCCACAGCGUCCUAGCCGCCGCCGUGGCCUGACCUCGCCAUAACCUUCCAUUCCAUGGAGGUCUCCACCAUCAGCUUCUCGUCCCCGCCGCCGCGGGCCACGCCGGCCGACCUCGAGGCCGUCGGCCUCCGCCGCCUCAGCGACAACCUCCAGCGCCUGCUCGACCCGGCCUUCCUCAACUGCUCGGACGCCGAGAUCGCGCUCGCCGCGGCGAGGGGCGGCGGCGCCGUCGGCGUCCACCGCUGCAUCCUCGCCGCCAGGAGCGCCUUCUUCCUCGACCACCUCGCCUCCCUCCCGGCUCCGGCCGCCGCCGGCGAGAGGCCACGGCUGGAGCUCGCCGACCUCGUCCCGGGCGGCCGCCACAUCGGCCGCGACGCCCUCGUGCCCGUCCUCGGCUAUCUCUACACCGGCCGCCUCAAGCCCCCGGCGCAGGACGCCACCGUCUGCAUGGACGACGCGUGCGGCCACGGGACUUGCCGCCCGGCCAUAGAUUUCGUCGUCGAGUCCAUGUACGCGGCGUCUGGCUUCCAGAUCUCGGAGCUUGCCUCCCUCUUCCAGCGUCGCCUCUCUGACUUCGUUUGCGAAGCGCUGGACGAGGACGUGGUGCCGAUUAUUCAUGUCGCUUCCACCUGCGAUCUCCAGGACCUGCUCAAUCUGUGUAUUCAGAGGGUCGCAGUCUCCGCUCUCGAUAGCCGCUACCUGGACAAGGAGCUUCCGGCUGACAUAUACAACAAGAUCAAGGAGAUCCGCCGCCAACCAGAGAACGCCAUUAUUCUGGACCCUGAGCAUGACAAGAGGGUCAGGAACAUCCUCAAGGCCUUGGAUUCCGACGACGUCGAUCUCGUCGGCUUGCUGUUGAAGGAAUCGACGGUGACCUUGGACGAUGCAUUCGCGAUACACUAUGCUGCAGCCUACUGUGAGCCCAAGGUGUUUGCAGAGCUGCUCAAACUGGACUCUGCUAACGUGAACCUGAAGAACAGCGGUGGGUAUACGCCGCUGCACAUAGCUUGCAUGAGGAGAGAGCCGGACAUCAUUCUUUCGCUGGUGGAGAGGGGAGCCUGUGUGCUGGAGAGGACCCUGGAUGGGCGCGAUGCUCUUACUAUCUGCAAGAGACUGACAAGAGAGAAAGACUGCAAUAGGAAGUUGGACAAGUACGAGGAGAAAAGUAAGGCUUACUUGUGUAUCGACAUUUUGGAGCAAGAACUCAAGAGGAAAUCCUUCGUUUUGGACCCCAUCUCUAUCUCUAUAGAGGAGUCGAUUGCCACGCCUUUGCUGGUCGAUAAUUUUCACAUGAGGCUCAUAAACUUGGAAAACAGAGUUGCGUUUGCUCGGAUAUUCUUCCCUUCUGAAGCCAAGCUUGUCAUGCGCAUCGCACAAGCCGAUUCAACCCAAGAGUUUGCCGGCAUCACCAACUUCAGCAGACUCAAGGAAGUUGAUCUAAACGAAACCCCAACGAUGCAGAAUAGGAGGCUUCGCGAACGCCUUGAUGCCUUAACAAAGACAGUUGAGCUAGGGAGACGAUACUUCCCACACUGUUCGGACGUUCUGGAUAAGUUCCUCAACGAAGAAUCCACUGAUCCGAUCUUCCUUGAGACUGGGACCCCGGAGGAUCAGCAAGUCAAGAGGAUGCGUUUCUCUGAGCUCAGAGAGGACGUGCGCAAGGCGUUCACGAAAGAUAAGGCAGCAGUGGCUGCAAUAGCUUCCUCGGCGUCCUCGUCUUCGUCUCCGAGGUGCAGACGACCCAAUAGGAAAUCACGGUGAUGUCAGUCUGUUCAGGACACCUGCACUGGGUUGUGUGUGUUUUGACAUGUAACACUGUUUCAGUAGAUAAUGCUGAUUGUCAGAUUUGCUGCCGCUCUACAGAAGAUUAAGCGACCGUCUGUUUCAAGAA